AUGAAUGAUUUGACGGUUUCGACACUACAGGACCAAAUCACCAAAGUUCGUGAAAGUUGCGCGUCUCUCAAUGAUUUUGUGGAGAAGUUUGUAAAAGCCUCUGGUCUUAAUGGAAACGACAUUAUAAAUGUUCCGCUCUUGUUUGGAAGCCAGGAGAAAACCACGGUGGUUGUUGAUGGUUUCCAGUUGAAUCAUGACCAGUUACGGAUUUUCAACAAAGUUAUGAGCAAGCUGCGCUCUAGUCAGAACGAUCCAUUCCACAUUUUCGUUAGUGGAGCCGCUGGAACUGGGAAGACUUUGCUUUUGAAAGCUUUACGAAACGAGAUACGAUCCAUGUUGAAUGAAGAUGCAUGUAUGGUAACCACGCACACCUUCGCCGGCGCUAAAAGCAUCGAUGGGGCCACCAUACACUCCACUUUUUCGAUUCCGGUGUCAAAACCCAAUUCAAGUCCAUAUCAAACACCUCAAAAGAAGAAUAAUUUUAUGGAGAACAAAAUGAAAAAGUUGAAAAUUGUUCUGAUUGAUGGAAUCAACUUUGUGGACGCACAACUCUUCCAAGCAAUCGACCAGAAGCUUCGAGCAAUUAUCAACACUCAAAAACCAUUUGGUGGAGUUUCCAUUGUCGUUUUUGGUGACUUGUUUCAGAUGUCUCCUAUCAAUGGAAAUCCGAUUUGGAAAGAUCCGAGUGUUAAAAACUUGUGGAACGUUAUGCAGUUGGAAGAGCUGACGAGAAACGAAAGGGUUUCCGAUCCGGAUGAAAUACUUAUGUUUGAUGUUUUGAGAUCUGGUGGGAAUAUUUUGACACAAGCGGUGGUCGAGAAUCUCAAACAAGCUUGUGCAAUGAGAGGCGACAGUGUGAAUGAUGUAAUCCAAGAACUGCAAAAUCUGAGAAACCAAUAUCCCGACAAACGUUUUGCAGUGUUGUGCAACACGAAUGCCAUUGUGGACAAGAUUAAUGAACAAUUUCUCCAACAACUGGGAAACAAGAAAACGCUGUAUGCAAAAGACGCCGUUAAAAAUUUGCGCGGUCCCACUUCGAUUUACAAUCAAACUGGAAAGUCUGAAAAGAUGAAUCUUGAAAUUUGCAUUGGGUCUCAAGUCAUGCUCACUACCAAUUAUCAUCCCUACACAUACGGCGCCAUUGGAAAAGUGAUGGAAUGCAAUGAGGAGAUAAUCACUGUAAAAUUUCCAACUGGCACAGCUCAACUUGUAAGAUGUGGUUGGUAUCAGCGAGCCAAUGGAUGGAGACAAUUUCCGUUGGCUUUGGCGGAAGCAUUCACUUUCUCGAAUUGCCAAGAAACAAUGGUGGAUGGUGUGAUUGUUGUUGGAGAAAUAGACAAGAAGAGUGUGUAUGCUGUACUCUCCAGAGCAAAAUCUCUGAAACUUUGCCGAUUCUCCCAAAUCGACGCUUUGGACAACUUUGCUAAAAGGGAUUUGGAGCCAGAGAAAGAGGAGAUGAGAAGAAUGAAUAAACAAAUCAACUGA